AUGUCUUGCAAUCAUCUCAAUAUUUAUAUAAUUGGAAUCACAAUGUAUGUAUUUUACUCAUCCGGACACCCAUACGCGAUGGCAAUCCACCACAGCUUCAAGAUUUCCAAGAAAAAGGCCCUGCCACCGGCCAAGAGCAAGGCCACGCUACGACCCAAGUCCACCGAACCUGUUCCUGUUGCUGCCAAUCCUCUCAUCACCGCCUUUGAGGUCGACUUCAGCAAUGACGGUCCUGUUGCUGACUUCCAAUGGGACAUUGAAACCAUUGAGAAAUCUCGGGUAGUCUUUCCUUUGGCUCCCGAGGCUUGGGAGACUACCUUUGCUGCUGUCCACGAGUCCGACACUACACAGACCACGCAACCCCCCUCGGAAGAUGAUACCACUCUGGAGAUUACCGAGGAGAAAGUCGCGACCAAGAUUGUCCCUCAGAAGUUCAUUCCCGGAUGGAUGAUGGUCGGUGAUACCGGUGAUUCCACAGAUGUUGAUCAGUCAGUCGACCCACCUCAAUGUUUCGAUUGGGUUGACUUGUUUUUCGAACCCAAGAGUGCAACAGAGUACGACCCACGGAACUUUUCCAGCCACUUCCAGGAGACUCUCAAGGUGUCGCAGGAGCUUUAUACCCCCGGGUCUGUGGUGAAUCCCAUCACUGAGGGCUACGUCAUAUCUGGCAAGUCCACCCAUGCCUUCUUCAAUCCCAUAACCGGCGCCAUGACUCCUUGGAUCCACCAGCCAGCACCUCGUGCGUCGAAGGACAAAUCGACUAACACAACUCUGCGCACCAUUCCAAACACAGACUGCUUGAAUGUGGGCGAUCCCAGCUACUGGUGGAAUGUCAGAAUUUGCUCGAAUUACUUCCACCUCGGUGAGGCAUCUAGCAACAGAGUCGUUGCUGCUCUUUUCAGCACCAGCUACAAGGCUUCUCUCUCAGGACCCACAGAGAUUUGCAUCAUUCGUUGCUUUCAGCCCUACGUGAAAGAAGCGUCUUACGCUUCACAAUUCUACACAUUUCUACCUCAGAAAAACGAGAAGUACGCACUGGCACUGGCUGGAAGUCCAACUUCGAAUCUCUUUUUGGUGGAGUCAUACAAGGAAGAUGUUCACUACAUUUACCUCCUGACCAGCUCUCUAAAUUCCCCCCUGCCUCAUUAUAAGCUUGUUCUGUCAGUCAGCCAUAUUUCUCGAACGCAGAAGAAUGGCAAUUUGAGAGGAAAACAGUGGUGGCAUCACCGCAUUCUAACUUUUGGAGACAACCUGGUCAUAUUCAAAGAGGGUAGGCUCGCAUCGUGGAGAAUAAUCUACGAUUGCUCUACUGAUUCAGUCAAGGCUUACUUGAUCCCCGAAAAGUAUGGGUUCGUUGCCGACGUACACCCUGUUCAGUUUGGCAAACACCUGGUCUUCUCCAGAGGUGUGCUAGACAUGUCUACCUUUCAAUUCUGCACGGUACCCGUGGGCCAGAAUGAUCGAAAGAAGAUUGUCUGGCACAAGAGAAACGGCGUUUUGGUUGGGUCCACUGUAAACAGCCUCUCGUUCCAGUGCUUCUACCUCGGAGAUCCCUCUGAGGUCUAG